AUGUCUUUCAGCUUUAACAAUCAAAACAAGCCGGCCACUGGAGGAUUUGGAGGAUUUGGAGCUUCCACUCCUGCUGCUACUGGCGCUCCUGCUGCUGGUACCACUGGAUUUACAUUUGGUAGCUCCACCGCGCCUGCUGCCAAUACCACUGGCACUUUAGGUGGAUUUGGUGCUCCAGCUGCUUCUACUGCCCCUGUUACAGGUGGAUUUGGUGGAUUUGGCGCUGCUGCUGCUACUCCAGCUGCUGCCCCUGCAACAUCUGCGUUUGGUGGAUUUGGAUCAUCUAACACUACUCCUGCAACAUCUGCUCCUGCAACUGGAGGCUUUGGUGGAUUUGGCGCUGCCGCUGCUCCUGCUACUGGUGGAUUUAGUGGAUUUGGUACACCUGCAGCAACUUCAACUACUUCAGCUCCUGCUGCUUCCACUACUGGAUUCGGUAGCCUCGGUGGAUUCGGUACAUCUGCUGCUUCCACAACUUCCGCGCCUGCAACAACUUCAACCAGUGGAUUUGGUGGAUUUGGUGCUGCUGCCUCUGCUCCUGCCAGCAUUUCCACAACACCUGCUCCUGCUGCUACUGGCUUUGGUGGAUUUGGCGCUGCCGCUAAGCCUGCUACUGGUGGAUUUGGUGGAUUCGGUGCUGCUGCUUCCACUCCUGCUAGUACACCUGCUACAUCUGCUCCUGCUGCUACUGGGUUCGGUGGAUUCGGUGCUACUGCUGCCUCUGCCACUGCCAGCACGCCUGCUUCUGGUUUUGGUACACCAGCUCCCACAUCUGCAGCUGCCACUGCUUCUACUGGCCUUACAGGUCUCGGUGGAUUCGGUUCAGCUACUGCUGCUAAACCUACACUUUCAUUCGGUGCUUCCGCAGCCGCGUCUACUCCUUCAACCACAGCUUCUACAACAACUCCCUCUCUCGGUGGAUUUGGUGGAUUUGGACAAAAGUCAACUGCUGCUACCACGACAUCCACCACUGCCAACGCUGCCAGCACUACUCCAGCAACAUCAGCACUCGGCACAGGCACCUCCACUCUCACUACACAACCUGCUGUCUCAGCUAAGCCAGUCUCUGUGCCUACACCAUCUACAUUAAAGAACAAAUCCAUGGAAGAUAUUCUCAACUUGUGGACAAAGGAAUUAGAGAAGCAAACCAAGGAUUUCCACAAGCAAGCCAACCAGGUUGCUCAAUGGGAUCAACAGUUGAUUGAAAAUGGCAGCAAGAUUUCCACCCUGCAUGAGAAUGUGACUAAAGUUGAAGUGACCCAGCGUGAAAUUGAUCAAAAUUUGAGCUAUAUCAACGCACAACAAGAGGAAUUGAACCUUAUUCUUGACAACUACGAGAAGCAAAUCAAGGACAUCUUUGACGAAUCCAAUCUGCAGCAACCAAUGCAAGCUGCUGAUGAGCAAAGAGAAAAGGCAUAUGGUUUAGCUGAGAGCCUCAACUCCCAAUUGGACGAUGUCAACAGAAACUUGAAUGUCAUGGUUGAGGAGAUCAACAAGAUGGGCAACGCCAAGCAAGCUACCAGCAGCGAUGAUGAUGAUGUUGUCUCUCAAAUUGUUCAAAUUCUCAACUCCCAUUUAUCAUCCUUGCAAUGGAUUGAUACUCACUCUAUUCAAUUGCAAAACAAGAUCCAAGAAGUGUCCAAGUUGCAAGAGGAAGUCGUCAGAGAUCAAGAGCCCUCUUUGCGUAGAUAA